UUUCUAAGUCAUCAUGGAAGAACAAAACCCCUCCAUUGAUGACAGAUGGAAAAUCUUCACACUUGGAACCUUUCUUGGGUUCUUCUUCUUCGUUGUUUACCGCAACAAUGUUCAUGAAGAUGUAAGUUUCCUAUCUACUAAACAAGUUUUGGUAGAUUUGAUUCCUUUUAAAGCGUUAAAUCUGUCUACUACUACUACUAGUGGUGUUAUUAAGCCUUCUAAUAAUGUUAUUAAGCCUUCUAAUAUUGGUAUUAAGACUAUGAAACCAUCCAAGUUGGUGUUCGAUGACAUAGAAAAAUCGACAACGACUAAAGCAAGAAAGAAGUGUGAUAUAUUUGAUGGGAGAUGGGUUUAUCGGCCAGAUGAAGGUGCUAGGUACGAUUGGUUCAAGUGUCCAUUCAUUCAUGACAAGUUUAGCUGCCAAGAAAACGGGAGGCUCGAUUCUAUGUAUGAGAAUUGGAGAUGGGAAGCUCGACAUUGUGAUAUUCCGGUGUAAGUUUUGUUUUUUAAUUACCAGUUUUUUCUAUUUUAGAUCGAGUGAAAAUCUUAUCUCGGGAAUAGUUUAGGGCCCGUGCAACGCACGCCUACUGCUAAAACAAUUUAUUAUUUUAAUAGUAACUAAAAGUAUUGUGAUAUUAGGAAAACAUGAAAGUACAAAAGGAUAUAUGAAAACGUAUAAAUUCAAAUUUGUGGAAAAAAAAUAUUCAAAUGAACUAAAUUUGCAUAUUACUAUAUAUAGAAUUAGAGAAGAUCAGAAUUGAGAGAUUGAAAUCUAAUUCUCAUUAUUGUUACAAACUGAAAUGAUGAGGGGAAUGCAGCUUAUAUACAAGAGAAGUAGAAGGCAGAAAUAAGCAAGGCUAGCAACAACUUAAGCCUAACAACCUAACAACCUCUAACUAACUUUUGAAAUAAAAUAAUAAAAUAUAAAUAUUGUUAUAAAUCAUAUACUCCCCCUUCAAGCUGGACCUUUGAUAUAAGUCCAAGCUUGGAACACAAUAUUUUGUGUUGAGAGGAAGCUAAAGGCUUAGUGAGCAAGUCUGCAAGCUGAUUAGAGCUAGUAACAUGAACUGUUUGUAUGAAACCAUCUUCAACUUGUUCACGAACAUAGUGCAUGUCACGCUUAAGAUGUUUUGUCUGGUCAUGAAACAUAGGAUUUUGAGCAAGAUGUUCAGCAGACUUAUUGUCACAAUAUAGAUGAACAGGUAAGGGAAGUGUAACCUGAAGAUCUUCUAAUAUACCCUGAAUCCAAACUAGAUCACUGGCAGUAGCUGACAUGCUUAUGUACUCUGCCUCAGCAGAAGAUUUGCUUACACUCCUUUGUUUCUUAGUUUUCCAUGAGAUCAGAUUGUUCCCUAAGAAUAUAGCAUAUGCAUUCAGGGAUCUGCUGCUGAAUUG